CUUUCACCAAACAUGAUCUACCGGCGCUGUGAGUGGGAGCGUGAACAGGAAAGGGUCCCACCUGGCACGGCCAGAACAUACACUCCGUCAAAAAUCCGGUCAUAGCCCGAAGGCGCUGCCCGGUUGUUGAAGAUGGCCGAGUCACUUAAGGUGAUUGCCUUGAUAUCUGGGGGCAAAGACUCUCUCUUCUCUAUUCUUCACUGUAUCAACAACGGACAUACAGUUGUUGCGCUUGCAAACCUCCAUCCAAGAAGACCGUCGACCAAUGUCCUCGAUGGCGGCGACGAAGGCGAGGAUAUCAACAGCUUCAUGUACCAGACCGUGGGGCACUCCGUGAUUCCUCUUUACUCCGAGUGCCUUGGUAUCCCCCUCUACCGAAAGGAAAUCACAGGCUCGGCGAUCCAGACUGGUCGAUAUUACGAUCCAAGCAGGAUCCAAGAUUCGCUCGACGAGACUGAAGAUCUGAUACCGCUUCUUCAAGAAGUCCUCAGAAAACAUCCCGAAGCCAAUGCUCUGUGCUCAGGCGCCAUCCUCUCGACGUAUCAACGAACAAGAGUCGAAUCGGUAGCUGUACGAAUGGGGUUGACGCCUCUCGCUUAUCUUUGGCAGUAUCCUGCUCUUCCACCGCCUCCUGGUCGCGCAGACUCCCUGACAGGGCUGCUCGAGGAUAUGCUAGAUGCGGGCUGUGAUGCCCGAAUCAUAAAGAUUGCCAGUGGGGGGAUCAAAGAAAGUCUUUUGUGGUCCAACGUCGCAGAUCCGACGACCCAGUCAAGGCUCGUAAGCGGUCUCCAACCCUUUUUUGAAGAUCACGAAUUCUGGCUGCGCGGCGCUGCUCUCGGGGAAGGAGGUGAAUACGAGACGCUGGCAAUCAACGGUCCGCGGACGUUGUGGAAGAAGAGAAUCGAGGUCCCAAUAGCCAAAGACUCGACCAUCUAUGGGGAAGGAGGCGUGAGUUACCUUCGGCUAGGCAAAGCGAGAGUCGUGGACAACGAGCCAGCCUCAGUGGACGACGAAUUAGUGACUCGGCAGCCUCAUUCCUUUGAUGCCCAAUUCAACGCCGUGCUGGAAAGACUCCAGCCUCGAGGCGUGGAGACAGCAGGGAACGGAACCGUUCUAGACAGUGUCAUCGAUCACCGCGACUGCUCAAGUUCCUUUUCGAAUGCAGAACUACAACCGUAUCAUAACAUGUCAUCGACGUGUUUAACGUUUUCAAAUUUGACCGCCCCUGUUGCAGAGAAUUCGGUUGACGGCGUGGGCAAAGCCGCUGGUCAGAUGAAGAAGAUAUGCGAGCAACUUGACUCGUUACUCGAGUCAAUAUCGGAUGUCCAUAAUCUGGCCACAAGGUUGACAACGUCCAACAUUGUUUCCACGACUCUGCUUCUCAAAGACAUGUCAGAAUUUGGCGCCGUGAACUCGAUAUACUCCUCACUAUUUCGGGCUGGGGAGCCUAAUCCACCGGCUCGAGUGACCGUCUCAUGCGAGCUUCCUGACGAUGCUGAAGUCAGCUUGAGCAUCAUAUUAGACCUUGGGUCUCGAGACACACGGCGUGGCUUACAUGUCCAAAGCCGCAGCUAUUGGGCGCCGGCCAACAUUGGUCCUUACAGUCAGGCUAUCUGUGUGACAGUCCAGCCAAGCAGCCAACCAUCCCUCAACAUUCACGACGCAGGGUUGCUCGAAAUGGUCCACAUGGCUGGCCAGAUACCUCUGGUUCCCCAGAGUAUGCUUCUCACUGAUGGACUUUUCCUGGAGGCUGCAGUCUUGAGCCUACAACAUCUCUGGCGUGUCGGACAGGAACGGGGCGUUGACAUCUGGCCGUGGGGGAUUGCUUUUCUCAAACAGUCAUCAAAGGUAACGACGCACGCAGCCAUGGCGGGGAGAGCAUGGGCUGCAGCUCAUUCUGUCGGUACUAGAUGCGAGAAACCAGCAUCCGAAGACGUCGACGCCGAAGAAGACAACCUGGAUGCAUGGGACCUUCGGUUCAAUCGUUUCAACUCGUCAAUACAAGCCAUGACCAUCGGCCAGCAUCUUCACGUUCUGCCUAAUCACACUGUUUUCGGCCAUGUUGCCACGACCGCGAGAUUUAUCCCUCCAUUCAUCGCAGCAGAGGUUGUGUCUCUACCGAGGGACGCUCCGAUUGAAUGGUGGAGUUUAGGACUUGCCAGGAUCAUCAAACAAAACACUCCAAGGGCGCCAGCGAGCUUUGGUCGAGCCGUCUUUGGCUGGGGGUCCAUCAUCCAAGUCUCUCUCCGAACUGCUCUCGAAGACCAGUCCUUUACACAGGAAACAACCAUCCAUCUGGUAACGGUCUUCGUCCACCUAGCUGCCGUGAUGGGCGUGGUCGAAGCUGUCCAUGACUUCCAGGGUGAUCUGCAGGCUUACCUCUCCCAGAUCAGAGUCUCGGAGCAUAGUGCCUGGCCACCAGCAAAACCGUCGUUCGAGCUCGUCCACGGCACGGCGUUUUUGUCCGCCAAUGGACAGACGCAAUGGCCCGAGCUCUCCAGACAGGGCCUCUUUAACAGUUUGACAGUCAUCCCAUGCAAGUCGGUGUACGGGCAGUCCGACUUUUCCGUCUCGAUCGAUGAUGAAUCCGAGGCAAGGCAAAGCAGCGAGAGUUCUGAACAUUCUGAGGAAGCCGGUCCAAACGUCAUGGCUUUCAACAACCACUCCGCGCCAUGUCAGCCUCUCGCUAUAGCCAUGGCCAUGCGCAUUGACUCGACGUUGUCGCGAUGAGUCUAGCGUGGAAUUUCUUGCCAGCCAGCCAGCCAGCCAGCCAGCCA